CAGAAAGGCAGUUUGGGACCGAUUGUAGAGGAUAACACACGGCUCUCUAAGCUACACUACUACCGCAUUGACGUACUGUACGUCGACUUGCCUGAAACGUCGCUGGGCUUUGCGCAUGCGCGACUUCUUCUUCGAUCACGGAAGCACCUGCGAGGCGGCUGACGAUUUGGAGGGAUGGAUGCAGACGAACACGGAGAGGUGCUACCUACACCUGUACCAUGCUCGGUUACGUAUUAGUAGCGAUAUUGUCGGCGUCUAUGGCGGCGAUGUUUUUUCCUCGCCAGUGGUGGUUACAUUUGAGAAGUAAAUCAACACCGACGCGGCUCCUGAGCGGCCAGGAGUUGUCGCUGUACGACGGAAAGAAAGGAAGCGAGGGUGUUUACCUCGCCAUAUUAGGCCAGGUGUUUGAUGUAAACAAUGGCCUCAAGCACUAUGGACCCGGCGGUGCUUAUCAUUUUAUGGCAGGAAAAGAUUCAUCGCUGGCCUUCAUCACCGGAGAUUUCACUGAAGACGGCUUGACAGAUGAUGUGUCCAGUCUGUCCCCAUUGCAGAUCGUGGCCUUGUUUGACUGGCUGGCCUUUUAUCAGAGGACCUAUCGUACUGUAGGUUUGGUGACAGGGCGGUUCUACUCUGAAAGUGGAGAGCCCACGGAGAUCCUCUUGCACGUCGAAGAGUUGCUCACAGAGGGUCGACGAAUCAAAGCCGAGUCUGAGGCAGAGAUGCGUCAUUUCCCCGCUUGCAACUCGGAGUGGAGCUCUGCAAGGGGAGGAAGGGUCUGGUGCUCCACCAAAAGCGGCGGAGUAGAAAGGAGCUGGAAUGGUGUCCCAAGGAAACUAUUUUCUCCAGGCGCUAACGGGGCCCGAUGUGUCUGUGUGAAAGACGCACCAGCAGCCGAGGAGAACCCCAACCUCCAGGAAUAUGAAGGCUGCCCGACGUAUUCCGACUCGUGCUCUUUAGUAGAAGUAUUAGCGUCUUAAAAACAAGACAUUCACGUGACAGUCGUGCAGCAACGUCUGAAUGGGGAAGUGGUUCAUGAUCUUUACCAUGAAUUACAACCAUGGUUUUUUUUUUUUUUACAUGACCUUUAUGUAAAGACUCCUUUUUUUUUCUAAAAGGAUACACGAGGGAGAGACAGGCUAGAUAUCUGAGCAUACAGAUACGAUGUGCAUAAAUGUGCAUAAAAGAUUUAACAGAGGCAAGAUUUAGGUCUGUCACAAUGACAAUCACAAACUGCAUUUAAAGUACAAAAAUGGUUGCAGUGGUCAAAAAUACCACACAUUUAUCUGUACAAUUGAACAAUUCUUAAAGAGGCCGCCCCCACUUGGCCGUUGAUAUCUGUCCAUCAUCUCCUAAACCGUCCGACAUGUCACAUGAUCUCGAUAAAGUGCAGCUGUUAGGCUUGGGGAAAAAUGAAAGAAAGCGGAGGGGAAUAACUUGGAGGCGUCGUCGUGGGGGACUGGCGUCAUAACCGACCAGGGGCCUCGGGGCCAAGUCCAGAUUGGAAUGUAUACAUUUUAAAAAUCAUGACAUCAUGAAAGGCAAAUUAUAGUACAUGCUGAGGCAUAGUAAAAAAU